CUUCCCUUUCUACCUCUGCGAGCACCUCCUCCUCUCUCUUCUCGCAUCCCCCCUUCCUCACUCGCCGAGCCACCACCACUUCAGCACCCGCAGCCCGCCGACACCGCGGUGAUAAGCUGCUCCUGCCGGGACUCAUGGAUCGUCGCGGGUUGAGUGGGUGGAACAGAAGCAACGAACAAGAUAAAAGUGGGGGAAGCGGCCGAGCCUCUCCAAGUGACGCCUACUACGGGGGCGGGACGCCACAGGAUCAUCGGGACGCUGACCGGACCUAUUACGGCACCAACAACAACGACUACAGCAAGUACGCUGGAGGUAGCAGCGAGUAUCUGCCGCAGGCUUCAAGUUAUGAUGCUUUUGACGGUGGUUGUGCCGGCGGUUAUUACGACGACCAUCACUCCAGCCCGGAUUACUAUGACAACAGAUAUGAUGGGUACAGCGGCGACUACCACUCAGGCUACGGUAAUCAGGGACAUACGGAAUACUCAGGACAUCCAGGUGACUAUGACGGUGGAAGCUCAUCCUGUUACCGAGACCAAGGCUGCCAUGGUCUCAACGCGUGUCACCAGUCGCAGUGCAGUGAAUACAAUGAGUGUAGGAGGCAGCAGUGCCAGUCCUCCAGAGUAGAGGUGACGGCCAAGGUGCUCUUUGGAUCUGUCAGUGCCAUAUCUAACUUGAAGCAGAAGAAAAGCUCCAAAAAGAAGUGAAGUGGUGGCAUGAGAAGGCCACCUCCCCUCCCAGUAUCGCGGCCCCCAUUCCCCUACCUAUCUGUGAUAUACCCGCCCGAGUCACCUGUGUCCAUACAUCAUGAGGCAACCUCUUGAGACAUCUUAACCUGAGUGUAUCUCAUCCGCAGUGACCUGUCCAAGUUUCACAAACAUCUAGUAUAGUAGGACAUAUUUAUAAAGAGUACUCAAGUUACCAGACGAAUUAUAGGGUAUAGCUGCACUGAUGAAAUAUUUGUUUUGUCAGCGAUGCUUAUAUGUUAUCAAUAUUUAUUUAUCUAUUUUUUUUUUUCGUUACGAAGAACUUGUGGUUCUUUUCUCCCCAUCAACAUAAAUGACGUGACUUACAAACGAAUAUUUCGAGUGUCAUGCAGGAAUCAACUAUUAUGAACAGUCUGAAGGCUAAACUAGGCACAUGCACAUAUAUCUGCUUCACUAGAGAAAGUAACCAUGACGAAUAAGGUAAAAUAACACACACACACACACACACACACACACACACACACACACACACACACCCAAGUUAGAGAGUAAAUACUACGGUAAGCACUCGAGGAGGGAAAACUUGGCCCAACAAAGGAAUCAGCCUGUCACUGACUCUUCCUCCUUGCGUUGCUCCCACGCAUCACAUAAUGACAGGAAGUCAAUGUAUACUUUCUCUGCUCGUAAAUGACGUCAGAUGGUAAACAAACCACGUGAAAUAUACAUUUAAGAAGUGAAAACAUUUCCUGUGUGCUCACAUACUUUCCUUGACAUACUAGACAGAAUACUCGUAACCUCCACACACCCAUAAACGUGACCGUGGAAUGUGUCACGACAAUGGAGGGUCAAGCAGCGCGGUCUUCCUCCUCCCAUCAACGGUGGGAACUUUGCGAGUACACCCGUCCACCACUGCUUCUCGCGGCCACCACCCCGCACUCUUCAGCCUCGUACUUAAAUAAUUUCAAGCAUUUGAGGCCUAGAAGCUAAAAGAUAAAGGUCAGACUGGUUCAAAAGGAAAACAUGCCGUUGCACCAAUACACUGAAGGGAGAGGUGGUGCUGGUGGGGUGUCACUGUCAUACUGAGCAACAACAAUGGUGUAACAUGGGUGUCGUGAGCAUGCGUUACGAAGACAUGACGACUUUUGUAUAUGUUCAGUUUAGGAGUUAUAACAUGCCUUACAAUACUAUGAAUUUCGCCAAUAGCGUAAAUACAAAACAGACGAGAUAGUGAUAGGGACACAUGAAUUUCCACAUCACACGAGUGAGUGAUGGAAUACUGUGAUUAUUGUCAAUUAGUACAUUAUAUAAUAAAAGACAAACAUGUCUGUGAAUGAUGACGAUGUGGCCAUCGAUGAAGGUGGCGAUGGCGGAAGGAAGAGGAAAAGGCAGCUAUCAAAAUGGUUAUCCACAAUCUCCUUCUUCCCCAGUAUAUUUAAUGACAAGUCCAUGACUACUCCGGCUCGCCGCCUCAGGUCCCCGCUACACCCAGGCGGUGCUCGGGCGUGGGCGGGACUCGCCACUCGCUCACCCACUCGGUCAUGUCUCGUUUCUUCUUUCUACUAAUCCGCACGUAUACUAACCUUGCUGCAAACUCUUUAACAUGUAAGGAAAUUCAACAACUCAGGUUAAAUAUGUGCCUUAGGGCACUUGGUUUCCUAUUCCCAAAAUUAUGGCAAUGUUUGGCUUCAUUCCCUUCAUGCUACAAUGUAAUCAUAUGGUAAUGGGUAGACAAGCCGUGUAACACGUCUCCCCUUUAAUCUUUUGAUGUUAAAAGAUGCCGAAAUUAAUCACUGAUAUCUUAAAUUUAUAAAAUUCGUAUUUGAGUUUAUUGUUCCUGUUUUUUCUCAGUGUUUAGUUUAAUGCCAUGCUGUGUUAGACGUAAUAAUAUUUAUGUUUUGUAAUUUUGCAUAGAAUUAAGAUAAGCUCUGUCGUAGGUUGGAUGCAUACCAGAUGUUCAGCACACUCACCUCGCUCUUCUGUUCCGCAGUCACUCAAACACCUUGCCCUUUUUCCACUUUGAAAUCCUCCAGUACUGACAAAACUUAAUUCCCCCGCAUAGCGUACAUAGUUUCAUCCGUAACUUGAAAUUCUUGAGAAGAUGCAGGAUACCUUUUCCCUUUCUUUCUCGUUAGUGAGUCUUUCGUGGCAAAUACUCGUACGUCAUCACUUUCCUAUUAUGCUAGUUUACCAUAACCUAAGAUCGAUGUUCCGCCGCCGAGCUUUGUGGUAUGUAGAACUGUGUUACCGAAUCAGUCGAGUCAUCCAGGUACAAAGUGCGUAUCCUCUGAUGUAGCAUAAUAAAACUUGUGUUAUUUA